UAUCAGGGGUGGCAAUUGUAAAUUUGAAAAACUAGGACGAGCUAAGAGGCAUUUUCAUUUGGUUUCUUCCUUCCAGUCCCACCGAUCAGGUGUCGCCAGACUGCUGCUGCGCCUCCCUUCUCCCUUGUGAAACAGAGCGCUAUGGCGGAAGGCAAGCAAGGGAUGCCCUACAAGAGCUUCUGCGAUUUCUUCCUCAUGCUCUCGGGUUCCGCUUUCCUCGCGGUUCUCGCCUCUCAGCUCCUCUUCCCUCGGACGACCGACGCCAAUUCCGCUCCUAUGAAAGGCGUUGUAAAAGGAUGUGAUAUUUUCUCUGGGGAGUGGAAAAAGGAUUCUGCUCCAGCUUACAGAAAUUCAAGUUGCAAGUUCAUAUCUUCUCCUCAAGAUUGUUUGACAAAUGGUCGACCGGAUACUGGCUACCUUUACUGGAGAUGGAAACCAUACAGUUGUGAACUUCCUCCAAUAGACACGAGGAAGUUCUUAAAUAGUAUGAGGGGCAAAUCGAUAGCUUUUGUUGGCGAUUCUAUUCUCCGCAACCAGAUGGAGUCAUUGCUAUGUAUUCUCUCAAAGGUUGAAGAAGCAGUUCUAGUCUAUCACGAUGAAGCAUUUCAAUCCAAGACAUGGCACUUACCCUCACACAACAUCACAUUGGGACUCAUUUGGGCUCCUUUUCUGGUGAACUCUACUGAAGCAAAGUCCAAGAAAGACCUACAGAUUUAUCUUGAUGUCCUCGAUACCACAUGGACUAGCCAAGCCCAAAACUACGAGUACAUAAUGUUGUCUGGUGGACAGUGGUUUCUCAAAGAAACCACAUUCUGGGAGAACAACACCAUCGUCGGUUGCCACUACUGCCCAGACAAAUCGUUAAAGGAACUAGGCAUCGACUACUCCUACCGCAGAGUCCUCCGAUUGGCUCUCCGCUUUUUAAGCGCCGCCGACCACAAACCCGUUGUGAUUGUGAGGACUUGGACUCCAAGCCACUUCGAAUAUGGAAAAUGGUACAAUGGGGGGAUCUGCAACAGAACAAUGCCGUUCAAAGAAGGUGAGUACAACGCUGAUCCUGAGGAUGCAGUAAUGAGAGGUGUGGAAUUGGAGGAGUUUCAGGAAGGAUUGGCAAAUGGUUUGAAUCUGAAACUUCUUGAUACUUACCAUCUUUCACUGAUGAGGCCCGACGGGCAUCCAGGGCCCUACAGAAGAUACCACCCUGAUCUAACUAAGAAACCCCAGGAGGACUGUCUGCAUUGGUGCUUGCCUGGGCCAAUUGAUACCUGGAAUGAGUUGUUGAUAGCAAUUCUUAUGGGAGAGGAAGAAUUGAGGUUUUCUUUAUAAAUCAUUAACUGUGUUCAUUGCUUUAAUGCAAAAAAAUAAAUAAAUAAAUAUAUAUAUA